AUGGGAACUCGCAACCUCACUCUCGUUUACUACAAAGCGAAAUAUCGUAUUGUUCAGUACGGCCAGUUCUCGACCUCCGAUAGCUUAUGUUUGUUAAUAGCAAUUUUUUANGGAUACCCAGAUGGCCAAGGCCUCACAAUCCUUGAGUUCCUCCUUGAUCCCGCCAACAUUACCAAACUUGAAGCAGCCUUGGACAGCAGCGACAACCGCAUCAUCAUCCUCAGCGAUGAGGAAGAAGAUGCUUACUUCGAAGACCUCGAUCACCAGCAAAUCGAGACGAGAAGUCUCAUGCCUCUACCCGUGAUCGAAUCUCUAUCUCGUGAUACUGGAGCAAAGAUCUUGAACAUUGUCGCAAAUGCUACGGUUNNAGAUUUGGACGAAUGGGUUCUAGAGGCGUUUACCCACUGGGAAAGAUACAAAGUUGUGGACGAGAAGUCGAGAUUCGAGGAGGUGCUUGGGAGUGAGAAAACUUUACCGGGAUUGGUGAAGCGAUUUGCGUUUGAUGAGCUGCCCGAGGACGAAUUCAUCUUCCUCGGGCAGUUUGAAGAGUUGCUUGUCGACGAGGAGGACAGCUGGUGA